AGACGAUGGUCCUCGCCCUCCGCCGCUCCCUCGCCAUGUCCUCGCGCGUGGCCAACCGCUCGCUGGGCAUGCUGCACCAGCAGCAGAAGGCCAUGAAGCACACGCACACGCUCGUGCUCAUCCGCCACGGCGAGAGCGAGUGGAACAAGAAGAACCUCUUCACGGGCUGGUACGACGUGCAGCUCUCGGAGAAGGGCAACAAGGAGGCGGCCGCCGCCGGCCAGCUACUCAAGCAGGAGGGCUACACCUUCGACGUGGCCUACACGUCGUACCUCAAGCGCGCCAUCCGCACGCUGUGGCACGUGCUGGAGCAGAGCGACCAGAUGUGGAUCCCCGUGCACAAGACCUGGCGCCUCAACGAGCGCCACUACGGCGCGCUCACGGGCCUGGACAAGCAGGCCACCGUGGAGAAGCACGGUGCCGAGAAGGUGCUCGAGUGGCGCCGCAGCUACAACAUCCCGCCCCCGGACCUUGACACCUCGAGCGAGUACUACCCGGGCAACGACGUCAAGUACCAGGACGUCCCCAAGGAGCUGCUGCCGCUGGCCGAGUCGCUCGAGCUCACGGCCGCGCGCGUGCUGCCCGAGUGGGAGAGCACCAUCGUGCCCACCAUCAAGUCCGGCAAGAACGUGGUGAUCGCCGCCCACGGCAACUCGCUGCGCGCGCUCGUCAAGCACCUGGACAACAUCUCGGAGGACGAGAUCACCGGUCUCAACAUCCCCACGGGCGCCCCGCUCGUCUACCACCUGGACGAGAACCUCAAGCCCAUCGCGCACAAGGACGCCAUCGCGCCGCUCAGCGCCUUCUACCUCGGCGACCAGGACGAGAUCCGCGCCCGUAUCCUCGGCGUCAAGAACCAGACCAAGUAGAGCAGCACUGGUAGAACGCCAUCGUGCGUUGUAGAAGCCAACGCGUUAAUAAAGCCCGUGUGGUAGAUUGUUAUUACC